AGAGAGCGGACAAGCUGUUCUUUACAUAUUCGCAUGAUAUUUUAGAAACGAAUAAAGAAAACCUAACACGCCAUUAACACUUGGGUACAACGACAUCACUCCAAGUGACUCGUGACUUUUCAUUCGGUUUUUUUCUUUUUUAUUAAGAAGGUAUGAUUUCAGUUCGUCCUUGUGACCUUUUAAUGCAGCACAUGAUCUCCAGAGACACUGCUGCUUUAGUCUGACUUCCUCUCCCCCUCUGCAUUUCUGUCUUUUAGUGUGGCGUCUUUAUAAACUAACAGAUAAAGUUGCCGGCAAAUUAGCGCAAUUUAUUUACAGUAAAACAUGCAUGCAUGUGUUUAUGGCUUACAGAUGUGCUGCAUGACCCCCACAGCUGCUCUGAAAUGACCACAAUGACUCAACACACGUGCAUAUCCCCCAGCAUAAUCUUAAUUGCGUUUCCCCUUAAUUUUACUCAGACUUUUACCCUUAAACUAAAACCAGUUAGGGCUGCCUCCAUCCCUCAUCUACACCUCGAGUGAUUUUAACAGUUUCUACAGGUUUGUAGCCCAAACUCAUUUACUAUUAAUUCAAUAAACUAUUGGAAAAGUUUCUAGUUACUGAGUAAAUAACUUAGAGUACAAUAUUUCCGCUAAUGAUUAUAAAACUUCCCAUAAUGACUUAAUGCAACCAAAUAUAUACAAAAAUAUUUGCCACUGUAAUCCCUUUAUCUUUUUUUAUCUAUCAGAAAAAUGUGUUGGACACCGCAGUGCACAUUUGCAAUGCAAUCUCGAGCAAGAUGGGUUUGGUUGGCUGGUGUUUAAUUUGUCUCCACAUAAGAUUUACAUUAAAUAAGAGGCAGCUAUUAAAAGCAUUUGUAACAAGAUGAUAAAUGGUGCAGUGGCGGUUUUGUUAUGAGCAGAUGAUCAAACGUGUCAUAUGCCUCAGUGGUUUGUGAAUAUUCAAGAAUGUCAGCUUCUUUUUUUCUACUUUACCCAGCAGAUGCAAUAGGCUGAGAUAAUUGGUGUACAUCUAAUUUACCAUAUAAAUGACAAAACAUCAGACUACUUAUUUUCUUGAUGAAUGGUUGAUGUUGAAUAUUUUUGUUUAUUUUGAAUCAUAUAUGAGGAGAACUACACACUCAGUCCCAUAGAACUAUAAGUGUUACAGAAAGAGACAUUUUUUGUUGCUAAUCAUCCACUUGUGUCUUAUUUAUUAAGCUAAAUCAUUUUUGCUAUAUGUCAUAAUUUGUUAAUGCACAACAGUAUUACACAGAGUGCACAACAGCUGUACUCUAACUUUCCAUGUGCUAAAGAUCUGUUGGCUUGGUCAGGCAUUGGGAAUUCAUUUGCUCACUUUAAAAACUCCCAUGGGUUUGAAGACUCACCCAUUUAAUUUGGUGCAGUUGUCUUAUCUGACCAGUUCUAGAUGACUUGGAACAUCCACGAGCUUAGUCACUGACCCUGUGACGUCUGAAUGACCUGAGAGUUUAUGUUCUGCAAUCUCUACCCAAAGGGAGGUUUAAACUCACUCCAUGUGUAAAGAGGCCUUUGUGGUUGUGGCAUGCGGCAAGGUGGUGCAAGACAGCGCUGAGUUUUCCUUCCAGUGAAAACGUGUCUCAGUACACAGGCUGUUCACCUUUUCAUUACGUGCCGUUCCACGUCAACAGUGCUCUAUUGGAGCUGUAAACUUCCCAUUCCCACUCAGAGAAUUUCACAGGGAGUGUCUAACCAUUCCCCGUGUUUAGACUGCAGUCAUCUGAACUGGCUUCUGUUCUCAAACAUGGCCCUGGACAGAAGUUGUAACAGGAUGUGAGAAGCGGACCUCCAGGUGUGAAACACAGAAAGGCAAAGACAUUAAAGAAUUGAGAAAAUAAUGGUCAUCCAACUGGGUUUCCAACAGGAUUUGGCAUCUUAUCAUAGCCUGAUGCAGUUACAUGAAAAGGUGGAGGCUGCCUCAUUUGCUCUUGCUGUGGUAUUGACCCAACACUAGCAGACAAGGAUAAAACAUUGUCUACAACCAGGAACACAAAAAACUCUUUAAGAACGCAACUGGUGACUUGGCGAGAUUGGCAGAAGCUAUUAAGAAGCAGUCUGUAAAAGCAUAUCCAGGCUCAGCCGCAUCCAAGAAUGAAGAUCAAAUACACUAUACCCAUUGUCUUUUUUAUGGCACUUGUUAUCAUUGAGAAAGAAAACAACAUUAUCUCAAGGGUGUCAGAUAAGCUAAAGCAGACCCCACAAACCUCUCAACAACCCAGUAGUUUGUCCAACGUACUGCUGAAGCACAGUAGUUUCCGUCUGUCAAUCAGCAAGAGGAAUGUCACGCUAAUGAAGCCGCGGCUGGAGGACUACAGCGAGCACCGAGGGGCAUUGAGAAGGGGUAGAAAACACAUUCUCCUGCUAGCCACGACUAGGACAGGCUCUUCAUUCGUGGGCGAGUUUUUCAACCAGCAGGGAGACAACAUGUUUUACCUGUUUGAGCCUCUGUGGCACGUGGAAAAGAUGUUGACUUUGGACACUCAAGGCACCAAUGCUGCAGCAGCAGCCAAAGCAUACCGGGAUGUGCUCCAAAAACUCUUCCUGUGUGACUUUUCUUUGCUAGAAACCUUCAUCGACCCCCUUCCCGUGGACCACAUCACCCCAGCCCUCUUUCGCAGGGAGUCCAGCAGCUCUCUGUGUGAGAAGUCUGUCUGCAGCCCUGUUGUCAAAGGGGUUUUUGAACGAUAUCGCUGUAAGACCAGACGCUGUGGUCCCCUGAACCUGACAAUGGCGUCUGAGUCCUGCCUUAAGAAAGAGCACAUUGCCAUCAAGUCGGUACGGGUGCGCCAGCUCGAGACUCUGCGUCCUUUGGCUGAGGACCCACGUCUUGAUGUAAAAUUCAUCCAGCUGGUUCGCGAUCCCCGGGCUAUUUUGGCAUCACGCAUGGUGGCCUUUGCAGCCAAAUACAAGAACUGGAAGGAGUGGGCCGUGGGUGGAAAUGUUCCUAUUGACGAUGACGAGGUGAGGAAGUUGAAAGGAAAUUGCGACAAUAUCAGAAUGUCUGCCGAGAUCGGCCUCAGACAGCCAUUUUGGCUGCGCAGGCGGUACAUGCUGGUGCGGUAUGAGGACAUUGCUCGGUUCCCCAUGAAGAAAGCGACCGAGAUGUACAGGUUUACUGGAAUCCCAUUCACUCCACAAGUGAAAUCCUGGAUUCUGAAGAACACCCAGGCCUCGAAGGAGACAAGCGGAGUUUACUCUACACAGAAAAACUCAUCUGAACAAGUGGAGAAAUGGAGGUUCAAGCUACCAUUCAAGAUAGCCCAAGUGGUACAGAGAGUUUGUGGACCAACAAUGAAGCUUUUUGGGUACAAAUUUGUGAGCAGUGAGGAAAUGCUAACAGAUAAAUCUAUCAGUCUCAUUGAGGAUAAAGUGUUCAGCUUUUUAUAGACUUUAAAAGAUGUUAACUCCAACACUUGAUGCAGAAAAUUUCAACCUUUCUAAAGCCUCUGUGAUAAAUUAUUUUUAUGAAGAUCCUGAUACAGAGGGAUAUAUUUGUUGAUAAUGUCCUAUUUAAAGUUUUUUACUAUUUAAGACAAUUUGACAAAGAAAACAGACUGUUGAGCAGAAAAUACGCAUGAAACUUUUAACUAUGAAAGCAAGAGUCUGGAGUUUUGAUAAAACCUUAACAUAGAACACAUCUUUGUUUUUGCACUCUGCACAAUUUCUUUUCCUGUCUCACACAAAUGGUGCUUUCAGCUCGUCCUGCAAACCACUCCCAUAUUUGUUCCUUAGCAAAUAUAGAAAGUUAUUAGGGAGAGCUUUUGAGCAACAAUGAGCUGUUUCAAACACUUCCAGGAACCUCAAUUAGUUAUUUUUGUAAAGUAACUCCUUAGUUAGCAUCAUAUGCUGCUCUUAUGCCAAAGAACCUUGCAGAAACUGCUUUGUAUAGCAAUGCUCAUGUACUUGAGAGGAAAUACCAGUGUCUUGCCAGGCAACUUCACUUUUGUGUCCUUUACAGGUAAUGUCCCGUGAUGAUUUAUUUAUUUUUUCCAUUUGCUAAACGGUCAUUAUGACACAGUGUCUGAAUGUGCUCCACAGGUUCUACCCCACUAUGCAGGGGUGUUUUUGCACAUGUAUGCUGUAGUUUUUUGUACAUGAAAAUGUGUUCAGGAAUAUAAGCACCCAUCCUGUAAAACAGACUGUAACAGUGCUACUUUAUGUUAGCAUUCCAACUGCAGCUGGUUUGCAGAAUCAUGCAAAGUUUGUCAGGAGGUCUCUGUCAUUUGACACAAGCCUCUUGGCUGGUGGUAACAGGCCUUGACACUGUGGCCUGUCGGGCAAUUUGUUGACACAGAACCUGUUCUUUUUUUUAUUUUUGAAAAGAAAAAGCUUGUUGCAAUAAAUCUUUACAGUUGAAAAACA